AUGCAAUUCUCAAAAGUUUUAUUGUCUGCCUUAGCUGUCGUUGGUAUUGUCCAAGCUGCUAAUGACACUUCCAGUGCUACCUCUAAAAACGGUGUUGCUGGCCCACUAUUGAACGAAAAGAGCGGUGCUGUUGGUGCUGCUAUGGUUGCUGGUGUUGUUGCUUUGUUGAUUUAA